AUGAGGAGAUUUUCCACCGCCGUCAUCAUCACCGACCCUUUGGUCAAAUACCAGUCUCUCGUUGCCGCAGGUGUUUACUCCCCCGACCCGGCCCAACACCGCCUGGCACGCCAUUUACACAAGAUCUAUGUCCGUAUAAAAGACUACUCUCCUCAGGCUGAGUAUCGCCAGCGACUAGAUCAAGUAGCCCGUCUUACCGAGCCCAAAAAGCCACCACAAGAAGAAACUGGGGAGGGUAUCCUGGCACUACGCCACCACGCAAUAUGGCGGAACCCCAUAUUCAAACAUCUUCUCAACACGCCUGAGGGCAGAGAGAGUCUUGCUCUUACUCGAGUUCUCACCAAUCAUCAGACAGCCAUUGACAUUGAUUCUCCCAAGGGACUGUUUCUUUCUGGAGAAGUUGGCACGGGAAAGUCGAUGCUUCUGGAUCUUCUGGCUGAGGGCUUGCCAACGCAAAAGAAGAAGCGAUGGCAUUUCAAUACGUUCAUGCUCUACACAUUAUCGCAACUCGAGAAUCAUCGAAAGUCUCACCCUCAGUCUUCAGAUGCAGCCGCAGAAUAUUCGCUCCUUUGGAUGGCCAAGAAACUCAUCGACGAGUCUCCAAUUCUCUUCCUAGACGAAUUCCAGCUUCCGGAUCGUGCUGCUAGUAAAAUCCUCAGCAACUUAUUUGUUACCUUCUUCCAACUCGGUGGAGUCCUUGUCGCAUCAUCAAAUCGGAUGCCCGAGGAGCUGCAGAAAGCCUCGGGCAUUGAUUACGCCCCGACAUCGAGGGGUAUCAUGGGAAAGAUAUUUGGAAGCGCGACGCGCAAUCGAGGAGAGCUUUUCGGCCAGUCGAGUGAUUUCGCUGCAUUUCUUGAGGUCCUCAAGGCUAGAUGUGACUUUUGGCAGAUGGAGGGAGUCCAAGAUUGGCGGCGUAGAGAAGAGCAUUCCAGCCCUGAUGCCUCUGUGAAUCAGUUGGAAGAUGCCAAUGGUGUUGUGCGCAUCACCACUCCAGCUGAAAAGACGGAAGAUGAGAGCAAGACCAAAAAGAGGCCACACUACUAUCAUCUCUUUGAUGAAGACGGGCAAACGUUUACACAGAAAGUUCAAGAAGCCAUUUCAGGAUCCAACAGCGAGCCAAUCCCAUGGGAGCCGUCCAAGCUCAUCGUCUACGGGCGUCAAGUCCUUACACCACUUCAUUACAACGGCUUCGUGUUUUGGAAUUUCGAUAAACUCGUCGAAUCAUUCGGGCCGGCAGACUAUCUCACAAUGGCAUCCACUUACCACACAUUCAUCAUCGACCGCGUCCCCGUGCUGACCAUCCUAAGCAAAAACGAAGCAAGGCGCUUCAUCACCCUCCUCGACGCCAUGUAUGAAGCUCGCUGCAAGCUCAUCAUCCGCGCCGAAACCCCGCCUGACGAUCUCUUCUUCCCCGAGGCAUCGUUGCCUACAAGAUCAUCAGGAGAAUCCGACGAAAGCAGCGGGAAUGCAAACACUGGCGCCGACGACGCAACAUACUCCGAAACCGUGGCCGAAGUCUAUCAGGACCAAAUCUCCCCCUUCCGUCCAAACGUGUCCUAUUACAACACCAGAUCUGCGACGUCAAAGUACGAUCCGGACCAGGAUUCCGACUUUGGCUUGCAGAAGCGGGCAGUGGACUUUGGCAACACGGGCGCUUUUACGGGAGAAGACGAGCGCUUUGCUUACAAGAGAGCGGCGUCGCGAUUAUGGGAGCUGUGCAGCGCGAGGUGGCAUGCUAGAACGGGGGACUGGUGGCAGCCGUUGACAGUAGAGGCACGGCACUGGGAAGGGGGAGAGGCGUCGAAACCGUACAAAGUGAAGCCCAUGGCGAAGCAGACCGUGGAUAGCGUAGAGAAGAUGGGGGAGAGUGUAGAGGUAGAAGAGGUAGCGGGACUAUCGAAAUGGAGAAUUGAGCAUCUGAAGAAGCAGAGCGAGGUGAAGGAGUAA